CUGCCGCGCGUGGCGAUGAGAGCCGCGCGGGUCGCCCUGCGCAGCGCCGCCCCUCUGGCGGCGGGCGGGGCCCGCGGGCGCGUGCAGCGCCGGGUGGAGCGCUUCUCCCGCUACUCGCCCUCCCCACUCUCCAUCCAACAGUUCCUGGAUUUCGGUUCAAGUAAUGGAUGUGAAAGAACCUCUUUUGCAUUUUUGAGGCAAGAACUUCCUGUGAGGCUAGCAAAUAUCCUGAGAGAAAUUGACCUGCUUCCUGAUCAGUUACUGAGCACUCCAUCAGUACAGCUAGUUAAAAGCUGGUACAUUCAGAGUCUAAUGGAGCUAGUUGAGUUCCAUCAGAAAAACCCAGAGGACCAAAGGGUUUUAUCUGACUUUAUAGAUACACUUGUUAUAGUCCGAAAUAGACACCGUGAUGUUGUUCCUGUAAUGGCACAAGGCCUAAUUGAAUACCAAGACACCUUUAGAGUGGACCUAGUCACCAAUCAAAAUAUUCAAUACUUCUUGGAUCGAUUUUACAUGAAUCGUAUAUCAAUCCGGAUGCUAAUAAACCAACACACGCUUCUUUUUGAUGACAAUACCAGCUCGGGUCACCAACAGCACAUUGGAAGCAUUGAUCCAUGCUGUGAUGUGGUGGGAGUGGUGAAUGAUGCUUUUGAAAGUUCCCGGAGACUCUGUGACCAGUAUUACUUAGCUUCUCCAGAAUUAAGUCUUAUUCAAGUGAAUGGAAGAGUGCCAGGACAACCCAUUCACAUUGUUUAUGUUCCUUCCCACCUCUUCCAUAUACUGUUUGAGCUCUUCAAGAAUGCCAUGAGGGCAACAGUUGAACAUCAGGAGAACAAUUCUUCCCUUUCUCCAGUUAAAGUGACUGUUGUUCUAGGAAAUGAAGACCUGACAAUUAAGAUAUCUGACACAGGAGGUGGUGUUCCAUUGAAGAAAAUCAAUCUCCUGUUUAGCUACAUGUAUUCCACAGCACCGAGACCAGUGGUGGAUGACUCUUGUAAUGCUCCUUUGGCUGGUUUUGGGUAUGGCUUGCCAAUUUCUCGUCUAUAUGCUAAAUACUUUCAAGGAGACUUGAAUCUAUAUUCUAUACCAGGUUAUGGAACAGAUGCUGUUAUCUACCUGAAGGCUCUUUCAACAGAAUCAGUAGAAAAGAUCCCUGUGUUCAACAAGUCUGCCUUUAAGCAUUAUCAAAUGGCUACAGAGGCAGAUGAUUGGUGUAUCCCAAGUAAACCAAAACACUCAGUGAGGCAAAGUGCAGCCGUGUGAAAGAAAUGUCAAGUUGU